CGUCUGAUUGGUCAAGCCGCCCAACUUCUGACGUCAUGACGCAUACGUCUGUGUAUGACGUCAUGACGCAUACGUCCGUACGUAACGCAAGUUCCUUUCCGGUCUGGUGUCGGGCAGUGAGGUGACCAGAAGACCGCCAUGGUGCUGAACCCCGUCAUCUCCAAGCUGGCCGGCAAGCUCGUCGUGUUGGCCAGCGCGUCUCCACGCCGAUUGGAGAUCCUCCGUAACGCGGGCAUGCGAUUCGAGGUGGUCCCGUCCUGGUUCAAAGAAACGCUUGACAAGCGACUUUUCAAAGCGCCGCAAGAGUACGCCGUGGAGACGGCCAAGCAGAAGGCUCUGGAGGUGGCGAGGAGGAUGCCCUGCAACCACCGAAAGACACCCGACAUUGUGAUCGGAGCUGACACCAUUGUGAGUGUAGACGGCAUGAUUCUGGAGAAGCCACGGGACAAGCAAGAUGCGUACAGGAUGCUCUCACGGUUGAGCGGGAAGGAGCACAGCGUCUUCACAGGGGUCGCCGUCGUCCUCUGCCACGACAAAGAAAAUGAGGUUGAUUACCAGAUAGUGGACUUCUACGAAGAAACCAAGGUGAAGUUCGCCGACCUCUCCGAGGACUUGCUGUGGGAGUACAUCGACAGUGGCGAACCCAUGGACAAAGCGGGGGGCUAUGGCAUCCAGGCACUAGGCGGCAUGUUGGUGGAGUACGUACACGGAGACUUCCUCAACGUUGUGGGUUUCCCCCUCAACCACUUCUGCAAACAGCUGGACGUCAUCUACAAUCGCUGUUGCCAUGGCGACGCUGCCCCCUGUCCAGCUCCGAAUCAGCCUCCGCUAAGUUCGUCAAGCACGCACGCAGCACGGCCUGCAUGCAGUCAGUCUGGGGAAACGCUACCGUCUACCACCAGCAGGGGGCAGUUGAUACAUGAUGUCCACCCCAGAGAGUGUGGGGACAGUGAAGAAGCCAGAGAGGACUUGCAGAGAAUCAUUCCACUGAUGGAUGGAUUCAAAGCCUCCAAGGCACUGUUUACUGCCUCCAAGAUGGGUGUGUUUGACCUUCUCCAGCGCAGGCUGGCCCUUAACGCAGCUCAGGUGGCCCAAGAGCUGAAAUCCUCCGUAAAGGGAACGGAGCGUCUGUUGGAGGCGUGCGUCUCGCUAAAUCUGCUAAAGAUUUCAAAGUGUGAGGCGCCCCCCGUGUACGAGAACACGGACCUGGCCAAACGCUUUCUGCUGUCCGACGCCCCGUGGUCGCUGCUAGGCUACAUGGCACACUGCAACGACACCGUCUGGCCGCUCUUCAACCACCUGGACAGCGCCGUGCAGGAGGGCGCCAACCAGCACCACAAGGCCUUCGGGAAGAAUCCUGGCGACUUGUUUCAGGAUACCGUCUACAGCGGCCAGGAAGUCAAAUUGAGGUUCAUGAAGGCCAUGGACAACAUCGCCAAAGUGACGGGAAGAGCGGUGGCGACAGCCUUUGACCUGUCCGCAUUUAAGACCGCCUGUGACCUCGGAGGCUGUACAGGUGCCAUGGCUGCUGAGAUCACCAGAGCUCACCCCGGGAUGUCUGUGACUGUGUUCGACUUACCGACCGUUAUCGAAAUGACUCAUCAUUUCCAUUCGCCGUGCGCUGAAGACAGGGUUACGUUCGUGUCAGGAGACUUCUUCAAAGAUGCUUUACCCAAAGCCGACUUGUACAUCCUUUCUAGAAUUCUCCACGACUGCUCCGAUGAGAAAGUGCACUUAUUGCUGGGCAGAAUCGCAGAGAUGUGCACGCCAGGUUGCGGGCUCCUGCUGAGCGAGAUCUUCCUGGACGAGGGUAGAACAGGGCCGAGUCGCGGGCUGCUCCAGGCCCUCAGCAUGAGCGAGGGCAGGCAGAGGAGCGCCGGCGAAUACGAGCUGCUUUUGAAGAGCCACGCCUUCAUCGCCGCGGGUAUCAAACAGACGGGCAACCUGCUGGAUGCCAUGCUCUGCGUCAAAGUGUAACUUUACACCACCGCCGCGACAAAGGUCAAGUUGGUUUUGUUUUUUUGAUCGACAUUUACAAGCCGAACAGGUCCCUAAACACAGCACCACACGUUAGAAGGCGCUUUUGGCGACUAGAGGCAAGGGGACAUCUUCAGCCAAUGUGUCGAAAUCACGUUUUAACGCUCAGACACUGUCCGCCCUCCUUUGCGUUGAACAUGCAGGCCGCGCGGUCCUCAUCGCUGAGACCAUGUUGGACGAGCGGUCCCCUUUACUCGGCCCUGCAGUCCCUCAACAUGCUGGUCCAGACCGAGGGUCUGGAGAGGACGCAGCGCCAGUAUGCAGACUUGCUGGGAGGGCGCUCGGGGUUCACACCAUGAACUUCCUGGACGCUUUUAUCGCCUUUAAACUGUG